AUGGCUAAGUUCUUGAAAGCUGGUAAAGUUGCUGUUGUCGUCCGUGGUCGUUACGCCGGUAAGAAGGUUGUUAUCGUUAAGCCUCACGAUGAAGGUUCCAAGGCACACCCAUUCGGUCACGCUCUUGUUGCCGGUAUUGAAAGAUACCCAUUGAAGGUUACCAAGAAGCACGGUGCUAAGAAGGUCGCUAAGAGAACCAAGAUCAAGCCUUUCAUCAAGGUCAUCAACUACAACCACUUGUUGCCAACCAGAUACACUUUGGAUGUUGAAUCCUUCAAGACCGUUGUUUCCACUGAAACUUUUGAAGAACCAUCUCAACGUGAAGAAGCUAAGAAGGUCAUCAAGAAGGCAUUUGAAGAAAGACACCAAGCCGGUAAGAACCAAUGGUUCUUCUCCAAGUUGAGUUUCUAA